CGAUCUUUGGUGGGGGUUGUGUCAGUUCGAUGAUGCAGUUCAUUGUUCUCAGAAAUAAAUGAUAUAUAUCGCCAGAAUUUUGAAAAAUGUUUUAGGUCAUUCAGCGCUUAAAGUUUGACAUUUUUGUGUGAUAUUUUUAAUGAGGGUAAACGAGAGUUAUUAAUUUGCCAUGAUCGGCGAGUGACUUUCUAGAUAUCAUAGAGGAACGCCAAGAGUUUCAUCACAACAACCACGCAGUACUUUAGGUGAUUGGUGGGAUGAUACCUCAUGCAGGACCAUGUUGACACCUCUCCACCCAUUGUACUGUGUGGAAAUGGAGUUCAAACUGCAGCAUGGAUAGCCUGCAAGUGUCCCAGAGCCAGCCACAGCCACAGUCCCAGCAGGGGGGCAGGGCGACGACCACCAGCAGCCGGAGUGCGUCGCCCUCUCUAGCCCGGGUCCUGCAGCAGCAACAUGCAUCCAUUGGCAGUGACAGUGGCAGAGAUGUGACAAUGAGCAGCUCAAUUAAAGGCAGGCGCCGCUCGCCAGUGGCUGCGAGUGGUACUGGCAGUGGAAGCACUCGCCGUGGGGGCUCUGAUGGGGGUAUGCCUGCUGCUGCAGCUGCUGUGGGUGCAAGCACCAGCCCACAACCUUUUGCAGUUACAUCUGAUGAUACAUCAGCUGCCCUGACACCAUCUCAUCACCAUGAUGAGGAGACGGAGCUGUACCAUCCCUCUACAUCAAUGUUAUCCAAUGGUUCAUCAGAACAUGUAACAGCAGCACUGUCAGGUGAUGAAGUUGAUGGGCAUAGUAUGUCUGAUCUCUCAAGAACAAGAGCUGCCAUUGAACACAUGCAGUCCAAGAUUGGUCGGACAAAGGAAAUGAUUCGUGAUGAACAAACAACGCGAGAUGACAAUGUAAAUGAAUAUUUGAAACUAGCUGCCAAUGCUGAUAAGCACCAGCUACCAAGAAUCAAGGCAGUCUUUGAGAAGAAGAAUCAGAAAUCAGCUCAGUCCAUUUCACAACUGCAGAAAAAGUUGGAAAGUUAUAAUAAAAGGCUUCGAGAACUAGAGACGCAUGGUCUUUCCAGCUCUCAUAGGCAGCCACGGGAGGUGCUGCGUGACAUGGGGCAGGGACUGAAAAAUGUUGGUGGCAACAUUCGUGAUGGUAUCACAGGGUUUUCAGGAACUGUAAUGUCGAAACCAAGAGAAUUUGCACAUCUCAUUAAAAACAAAUUUGGAAGUGCGGAUAAUAUUAACCAGCUAGCACGAAAUGGUGACGGGAGCUCAGUGGAGGAUGAGAAAGCACACCAUGGAAGUGCAACUCUACCUGGUGGAUGCAGUUUAACAUCCACACAUGCCUCAUCGUUGCGAUUUCCUUCAGAUGAAAAUUCAGAGUGCAGCUCUGUGACCAGUGAGAGCUUACCUGCAGGAGGUGGUCACCAGUUGCCACAGUCUCCUCCUCCCCAUCAGCCUGCAGCACACCACACUCCGCAGGUUUCAUAUUCUAAUCUGGAAUCUAUCCUACAAGAGCUACAUGAGCGUGGUGAAGACUGUGAGCGGCUUCGUGAAGAGCUGGAAACAUUGAAGCAGUCACUGCAGCAGGAGGUGAGUUUCCUGAGCCAGGCAUUGACAGAGGAACGCUUCCGCAGUGAGCGUCUGGAGGAGCAAGUCAACGACCUCACUGAGCUGCACCAGAAUGAAGUGGAGAACCUGAAACAGGCGCUGGCUGACAUGGAGGAGAAGGUGCAAUACCAGAGUGAAGAACGACUCCGUGACAUCCACGACAUGCUAGACAGCUGCCAAACAAAGAUCUCAAAGAUGGAACACCAGCAGCAACAGCAACAGCAAUAUGUGACGCUCGAAGGACUGGACAACUCAAAUGCUCGGGCACUUGCAGUGAAGCUUAUCAAUGUACUGCUGACUGUCUUGCAGGUCAUUCUCCUUCUGGUUGCAACAGCUGCUGGCAUUGUCAUGCCAUUCUUGCGCACACGUUUACGCAUCCUGACAACAAUUAUUUUAGUUGGUGGAGUGGUGUUCGUACUGAAGCAGUGGCCAGAACUAAGGGAUGUCGGUAGCCAUCUGAUACGUCACUGGAAAGAAGCUUUGUCUGUGAAAUAGGAGAUUUAAAACUAGCAGCACCUCACUUGCUGCUUUUCGCCCUCACUGGUGCUACGAUGGAGGAUUGUCGAUGUUUGCAUCUGGACAGUCAGAGGAAUAGUACUGCAUUGCAUCACACUAUGCUUGCUUAGUUUGAAGAAUCUGGCUGUUUGUGUGACUGAGUGUACAUACUAUAUUUUUGUGUGUCAUUAUGUAAAGAUAUGCACAUUUUUAAGAAUUUUUAAUUAUUCUUUAGUGUGUGUGUGUGUGUGUGUGUGUGUGUGUGUGUGUGUGUGUGUGUGAGAGAGAGAGAGAGAGAGAGAGAGAGAGAGAGAGAGAGAGAGAGAGAGAGAACCAUUGAAAUUGAUCUCCUAUAAUUUUCUAUAGUAUUUGCAGUGGAAGCUGAAUUGUUUUCAUGUGGUCACUUGGCAGUCUGCAAAAGUGAACAUUCAGAUAAAUGAAGAGUAUUAAAAGCUGUCUUUCAGUUUAAAGCAAUGUGAUAAAUAAUACAAUGGCUUUCUCUGUAUAAGUGAAUCUCGUUAAAUAAGUUUAACAUUUUAUGCAGUAAAAAUUACACAAAGCACUUUCUGUUGCUAUUGCUACACCUUCAGUGAAUGAAGUUUUAAAAGCUUAAAAGGUAUUUAAGUAGUGAAACCAGAUUGAUUGUAAAACAUGUUCAAUUAUUUAAAUAUUUAUCUGUGUAUUUUUUAUUUAGUAAUUAUACUCUACUUAGAAAAUAUAUGAUUCAUGAUAUUUGUGUGUGUGUGUGUGUGUGUGUGUGUGUGUGUGUGUGUGUGUGUGGGCGCGAGAGAGAGAGAGAG